UCGCCUCCUCUUCGUCGCCUUUUCUAACCGUGCAGCCUCUUCCUCGGCUUCUCCUGAAAGGGAAGGUGGAAGCCGUGGGCUCGGGAGGGAGCCGGCUGAGGCGCGGCGGCGGCACCUCCCGCUCCUGGAGCGGGGGGGAGAAGCGGCGGCAGCCGCGGCGGCUGCAGCUCCGGGGAGGGGGUCGGAGUCGCCUGUCACCAUUUCCAGGGCUGGGAACGCCGGAGAGUUGGUCUCUCCCCUUCUACUGCCUCCAACACGGCGGCGGCGGCGGCGGCACAUCCAGGGACCCGGGCCGGUUUUAAACCUCCCCUCCGCCGCCGCCGCACCCCCCCUGGCCCGGGCUCUGGAGGCCGCCGGGGGAGGCUGCCGUUCCGAGGAUUAUUCGUCUUCUCCCCAUUCCGCUGCCGCCGCUGCCAGGUCUCUGGCUGCUGAGGAGAAGCAGGCCCAGUCGCUGCAACCAUCCAGCAGCCGCCGCAGCAGCCAUUACCCGGCUGCGGUCCAGAGCCAAGCGGCAGCAGAGCGAGGGGCAUCAGCUACCGCCAAGUCCAGAGCCAUUUCCAUCCUGCAGAAGAAGCCCCGCCACCAGCAGCUUCUGCCAUCUCUCUCCUCCUUUUUCUUCAGCCACAGGCUCCCAGACAUGACAGCCAUCAUCAAAGAGAUCGUUAGCAGAAACAAAAGGAGAUAUCAAGAGGAUGGAUUCGACUUAGACUUGACCUAUAUUUAUCCAAACAUUAUCGCUAUGGGGUUUCCUGCAGAAAGACUUGAAGGUGUAUACAGGAACAACAUUGAUGAUGUAGUAAGGUUUUUGGAUUCAAAGCAUAAAAACCAUUACAAGAUAUACAAUCUAUGUGCUGAAAGACAUUAUGACACCGCCAAAUUUAACUGCAGAGUUGCACAGUAUCCUUUUGAAGACCACAACCCACCACAACUAGAGCUUAUCAAACCCUUUUGUGAAGAUCUUGACCAAUGGCUAAGUGAAGAUGACAAUCAUGUUGCAGCAAUUCACUGUAAAGCUGGAAAGGGACGAACUGGUGUAAUGAUUUGUGCAUAUUUGUUACAUCGGGGCAAAUUUUUAAAGGCACAAGAAGCCCUAGAUUUUUAUGGGGAAGUAAGGACCAGAGACAAAAAGGGAGGAGAUGCCAACAUAGUCUCAAGUAUCCACCUGAUCCAAGAAGCUCACUUCUCACCAGCAUCCCUCUCCAACCCAUCGUCCAGUCCAAUCCAUGUCUGAAGAGUUGGCUUCGGGAAUGGUCCCUGUCCUGGGCCAGCAGAAGGUGAUAACACUGAGUCCCAGAAAAAUGAAAUACCUUCUUAUCCAGCCAGUUAAUGACAGCACUCAGAGUAAAAUUUGAGUCCCCAGCACUUAAACUUCUUUGUAUGUUUUGAAGUCCACAAAAUUUGGAACGACAAUAAAAAUCGUGAGACUCUUCAGGAUAAUUAAUAUCUGAACAGGGUCUAACCCCCUGAAAAUGUAUGUAUGCUGAUGAAAUUGGCCUGUUUGAACAAGGCCCCUCAGUUUCUAUCCUUCUUACAGAUGUUAGGGCAUUUAAUGACCCCUGACUUAAAUACAAUAAUAACAGUUUGACACAGUUGGCCUUAUAAAUAUAAUGAUGCAACCCAAACCAAACCCAUUGCCAUUGAGUUGAUUCCGACUCAUAGCGACCCUAUAGGACAGAGUAGAACUGCCCCAUAGAAUUUCCAAGGAACGCCUGGUGGAUUUGAACUGCUGACCUUGUGGUUAGCAGCCAUAGCAUUUAACUACUAUGUCACCAGGGUUACCAUUUUGCAGGCUCCCUUAAAAUCUUUGAAAAUUUAAUUGUCUUAAAACUUUCAAAGGUAUCACAUGGUUAGAGUGCUAGCAAAAUAAUUAUUUUUAAUCACCAAUGAAUAGCUACUUUCAUAAUAAGAAAACUGAACAUGGUAAAGCUUAUGUUAUAUAGCUGUGGAAUUCAUCCUGAGAAGUAAGUGACUUAUAAUAAAUAUCAUUGAUUGUCUCGACACGUAUGCUCAUAAGUUUACCUUUUACUUGCCAAUAUUUCCUUUUACGUUGAACCUGUAGAUUUUCAUUUUUGUAAUUGUGAGCCACUGUUAAAGGAAGUGGAGCCCUGGUAACGCAGUGGUUAAGAGCUUGGCCGGUAACUAAAAUGUCGGUAGUUUGAAUCCACCAGCUGCUCCUUGGAACCCCCGUGGGGCAGUUUUGCUCUGUCCUGUAGGGUUGCUAUGAGUCAGAAUUAACUCAACAGCAAUGGGUUUGGUUUUUUUUUUUUUUUUUUUUGCAGGAAGUAUAUACAUUUUAUCCAUUUUGCAGAGUUUGUAUAGGAUUAAUUUUAUUAGAAUCAUCUUUAACAUUUUUUUGCUUGUAUCCUUAGUCUUAAUAAUUAUAGAGAAACAUUAAGAAAUUGAAGAAAAUUGGCGAUGUUUAUGUAGAAUCAGAAUUAUUUUCUUUUUUCCAUCUUAAGAGAGCAGAAGUUACGUUGUGGUGAAGAAUUUGUAGACUUUGCAGAGACUUUUCCUCAAAAUAAUAUGGCACAUCCUCAGUAGACUUGGUGCAAAUUAGAUGGCAGAGUGCUGGGUGCAAGCUGACCAUGAAGUGUGCCGUUGUGUUAGUAGUGUCCAGAUAUUAGGUUUUGAAUGUUGCAGAGGAAUCAAAGUACAACUUAUACCUCCUAUAAGGAAAAAUAUUGUCUGAGAGUGAGAUACUGCUUAAGGGAUGGCAUCUAUCUUUUAUUCAGUAAUUUAUAAGAAGGCAACUAAGCUACACUUCCCCAGGAGUCAUUCGUUUGUAUGUUUGAUACUUUUACUUUAUGAACAUGUGGCAAAUUAUUCAAAAGCAAGCUGUCAAUGGGGAUUUUUUUCCAAGAAAGCAUGCUCCAGGGUGAUUCCAAGAGUUGGUUCCCGUGUCAUUCUGUGCUUCAUACUGUAUCACAACUUAGGUUUCAGUAUUAUAAUUGAUUAUUGACAACGUUUAUUCUAAACUAUGGAGAAAGAGUUAAAACAUCCUCAGAAUGCUGGUAAGUAUGUAUUUUGGAAAGGUUGCCAAAGUUUCUGAGUUUAGAGCACAAGCUUGUAUUAUUUGGCAGACUUAGCCCGCAUCUCUGCUACUCUCUAUUUCCUUUGCUCCUCUCCCUCUUCCAUAGUGGUGGUGCAGUAAAGUAAGCACUGAUAUUUAUUUUCUGUGAUGAAACUUUCAGGAAAAAAAUUACAAUUGAGCAGCUUUCAUUUUUCUGUUUCUUUGUUUUCAAAUCAUUUGUUAGAUAUAAAUUUCUUAUAUAUUAUGAACUCUACAAGUGAGUUCAUCUAGUGUAUCUAUUUAAUGAAGAUUUACAUCUUCUAGAAAUAAUAAUAAGCAUUAACUUUAUUCUCAGUGAUCCCAAGAAAAGAGAAUUUUCUAGUUUCUCUGAGGAAUAAAUUUUUUUGUCUAAGCUUAUAACAAGGAGCGCCUGGUUAGCACAGGUGGUUAAGUGCUGGACUGUUAACCAGAAGGUUGGCAGUUCAAACUUACUCAAAGGCACCUCGAAAAUAAGGCCUGCUGAUCUGCUUCCAAAAGGCCGCAGCCUUGAAAACCCUGUGGAGCGGUUCUACCCUGCACACAGAGGGUCGCCAUGAGUCAGAACUGACUCGAUAGCAGCUAACAACAACAAGAAGCUUAUAAUUAGGAUAUUUCUUUCUAGUCUGUUUGCUAAAUUUUCCCAUGUAAUGAAAAUGUAUUUUCUCUUCAUUUAAAACAAAACAAGCCAUAAUUACUUUUUCAGUUUUUUUUUUUUUUUACCUCAUUAUAUAAUGUUCUUAUUUUUCUGACACAAUAGUCCUCCUAGGCUAAACUGCGUUGCUCUAAUACAUGAUGUUUCAGCCUGUUAUCCAAUCUGUAGAUGGCAUAAGGUUAUAAAAUUUUUCUACCCUCAGGGUCCUUAGCAAUUAUUUAAUUCAGGCCUGUCCUCACUUUAAUAAAUGAUAAAACUGGAUCAGAAAAGAUCAACCUGCCCUAGGUCAUUUAGUCUUUCUGUAUAAGAACUCAAAAUCAUUUUUCCUAAUCUCAAAUUCAGUUUUCUUUCUUCUAUCGUUUGUUCUCCUGUUCAAAUCAUUUUUCCUUAUUGAUUUAAUCCCCAAAGUAGAAAUAGGAAGUUAAAAAAAAAAAAAAGGCAGCUGCGUUAUAAUGGACUCUUUCAGUUUCAAGUCACAGAAACCUGAUCUAAAAUAGCUUAAGCAAAAGGGGACAUUUAUUGGCUUAUAUAACCCAAAAGCUCUGGCCUGGAUCUAGAUGCUCAACAGAUGUCGGGAAUCUCUCAGUUCUCCUUUCCUCUGCAUAUAUUUUUUUUUAGGCAGACUCCCCGCAAGUAAUGGCAAGAUAACGGCUUUACUAGUGGCUUGAGGUUUAUAUUCUAUCUACUUUAGCCGCUGCAAUGGGAGGAGAGGUACUCUUUCAGCAAAAAUCUCUAGGUUGGGAUUUUCCUGGAUUGGGUCAUGUGCCCAUUCCUGAACCAAACAUUCUGGUCAGAGAGAGGAAUGCUUUGAUUACUCAGGCUUGCGUCAUAUAUCUGAAGCUGACACAUAGGGCGUGUUCCACCCAAACCACAGGGAGAAUGAUGGCUUACCAAAGAUAAAUCGAGGAGGAAGGAUAUUGGGCAGAGAGAUAAAUGUUAAUUUACGCUCACAUUUAUUUUUAAGGAUUCUGUGGAUCAUGCCCUGGUAAUUUAAUAGAUUACUUAUAAUUGGUUUCAUAGAGCUAAACCACUGUAAUACUCUAAACUUUGGAAAUUCUUCUGUAGAUGGGCGAAAUAAGAGCUAAAGAGGUUGUGACAUCCUUCAAGUCAUAUAAUAUGCAUGCUGUUAGUAAAACUCAAGACUCCUGAAUGAAAGUUUUAGCAUUGGAAUCACAUUUAGAUUCAGAUCCUGGUAUUGAACAAGAUAAUUAUGUGUGCUGGGACUGUUUUCUUACCCUUAAAAUGGAGGUAAUAAUAUUUCUCUUAUAAAGUUGUAGUAGCAUUAUGUAAAACGCCUGGCAUGGAGCAAAAUACAGUAACCAGAAGAAAACAAACCUGUUGCCAUGGAGUUGAUUCCAACUCAUAGCGACCCUAUAGGACAGAGUAGAACUGCCCCAUAGGGUUUCCAAGGAGUGCCUAGGGGACUUGAAUUGCCGACCUUUUGGUUAGCAGCCUAGCUCUUAAUCACUAUGGCACCAGGGUUUCCUAAUAUAUAUAAUAGCUGGUGUUACAUGUUGUCAUUUUAGUAAUGGCUAUUCCUAAGAGCCAUAUUUCUUCCUUUGUUGUGUUACUUUCUUGUAAUAAUGUUAUUGUGGUCAUUCUGAAGUGCAGAUUUCCAAGCUUUAAGCAUACAGUAUUAUGUUAAAAUACCUAAAUUAUUUGAGUUUAGAACUGUCAUUGAAAAGUUUUCUGAAAUAGAAAUUUAUUUUUAACUGAAGAAUCGCGAUUGUGAAUUCAUCCCAGAGAAGAUAAUCUGAGAGUAUUAAUCCACAGAAUAUGAACAAAACACUACAUAUUUGUGAUCAUCUCAAAGUUUGAGAUUAUUUAUUCUGUGGUAUUCUGGUAUGGUGUAUUCUGGCAGUAUUCUAGGCCUGAAUGAUAUGUACCUAAACUUUAAUGUCUCUUUUAAAAAAAAGAUUGAUCACAUACAAGAGGUAAACAUAAAACAAUUGAGGUUAAAAAAAAUAAAUGGUUGAUUAAAAGUUCAUCAGGCAAAUGUAAAUUUCAAAAGGAGAUGACAGGAUAUUAGUAUCAGAGUAGCAUUUAAGCCAAAAGCAUAAGACUGUACCAAGAAUGCAUUUUAUAUUAACACAGUGUAUGCUCCACAAUGAAGAUGUAGCAGUUAUGAACUUGUACAUGUUAAUCAUAACAUCAAAAUAUUAAGCAAAAUCUGGAGGAUGUAAGGACAAAAUCCAUAGAAAAGCGGUGGUAGUAGGAAUCUUUAAUAUACUUCAUGUGUUGCCAGGUCAAGAGGGCACAAAAUUAAAGAGACUAUAUAAAUGAUUUGAAUAAUGUGAUAAAAAUAGCCCAUAAAAUGUAUUCCUUCUUUUUUUGUCACCCAGAAAAAGUUACCAAGAUUAAUAAUUCAUUAGACCACAAAGAAAUUCCCACUUCCAAGUAGAAAUGUAUAAGCUACAUUCCUUGAUUACAAUUCAGAAAAACUAGGAAUUUAAAAAAACCCAUUGCUGCCGAGUCAAAUUGACUUAUAGUGACGCUAUGGAGGACCCUAUAGCAGUUUUAAAACUUUAAUUAGACUAGAUCAACCGUUGGGAAAUUUAAAACCACUUUCCUAAAUUUUGGGGUAAAUAGGGAAAUACAAAUUCAUAUUAGAGGUUAUUAAGAAAUUAAUGAGGGAGGAAUUAUUAAAGAUAAAAAUAUAAGUUAAUGAAUUAGGAAACAGUAAACCAUUGAACCAAUAAAUCUGAAUAUGAUUGUUUGAAAAUUCCAGUGAAAUUAAUACAUCUCUCAAGUCCAGUCAAGUGGGAGAAAAAAAAGGAAAAACAAAAAUGAGACAUCAAGUAUGAGAAAGGAGAUAAAAUUACAGUAUGGAGGAGGCAUUAAAAAUUAUAUUUAGUCAUGUGCCAAUGAAUUUGAAA